GACGUUUAACGAAAUUGACGAUGACUAGAAUACUUAGCCCACAAUCUUUUCCACAGAUAGCCCCAUACCACACUGACUGAGCUACACAUGAGCUGAUCUAUUUUUCCUCUUUGUAUGUGCUCUCUAAUAUCUUUAUUCUCUGCUUUCCCCUUGCGUUCCGCAUAAAUGAAAAAUCCUACUCGUGCACUGCAGAGCCUAUUCAAGUGAUAUAUUUUAUUCAUAGCAAACGACAUGGUCAGAAGUAUCUGCAAAAUUGAGCGUUGAGGAACCAACAAGGUUGAGUGUAUGAAAAAAACAUCCCUAUAGUGUGUAGAAUCGCCUUGAUUAAAAGGCAUACGUAUCUCAACCUCCAAUCUCCUGUUGUUUUAAAGGUCCAUAAUGUUGGGAAUGAGCGGCCUUCUGAAGCCUUCACGCAGUAAAAGCGUGCUUAUGAGGAGAUAGCAAAAGUUUCAAUGGGAAAAGCUAUCAUUGUAUUAGCUCUACUAACGCUGUAUAUAAGCGAGGUGAAUGAAUACUGAUGCCUUUCAAGAGUUCUUUUCAAACUAUUUUAAACCCUUGAAAGUAUAAAUACAUAUAUAUAUAUAUAUUUAUAUUAACGCCGAAAAGAUUUCGCUCUGUUUACAAUUUCUAAAGAUUCCGCAACGAAAAGGCUGUGAUAAAACAUCACGUAUUAGACAAAAAAUACAUGAUAUAAUCCUUAGUGACUUUGCCCAUCGCUUACCUCUAGUUUCCUCAUUCGUAUAAAUUCUAUAUAGUUGAGGCUACAUUGAAUGGCAUGCGCGGUGCACAUAUUUAUUAUUUCAUUCUCGCGCGCGUAUGCAUUAAUAGAAUCCCAUAGUGUUAUGUGCUAAAAAUUUUUAAAGGAAUGAAAAAAGAAAAAGGAUGAAGGCAUGUUAGGCUACUGACAAAAUUUAUCUUCCUCGAUUCAAGGUGGUAAAGUGCCUAGAAAAAAUCACACAAACGCCUUCUUCCACCCCUCCUUGGUUGUCUUUGUAGCUACAAAGUUAAAGGAAUCAUGGGUAAUUUGCUUAUCACCCUUUUCCAGCUCCGUUGCGAGUACUCCCAGGUGCCGCACACCGCAAUCCUUCGAGCGCGCCAACCCCAGGAGGCCAUCAUGUCCGCGCCGGCCGUGGCGCAGCCGUACCGGCGCGUUGGCCCUGGUCAGAGCCCCGCCGAGGGGUCGUGCACGGGGUGGCCAUCUUCCCCGCCCGGCUAUGCUUACACGCUGCCGAUGGACGGGCGAGGACGGCCACACGAUGAGACGGGCGCGCCCGACGGAUCGUGUCAUCCGCGGCCCCGCCGACGCCAACCCUUGCGCCCACCUGUCUUCCUUCGGCACGCUACCCUGCCCACGUCGGCGCCGCGAAAGCCCGACGGCCUCUCUGGGGAGGAGCGGCUCCUGUCAGGGGAGGUCUCGAGUGGGGUCGCCUCGGGUAAACCCGUGGAGAUGCGCGAUAUCGUGUGCCCGGUCGAGAUCUGUGAUCAGAGUGCGACGGAGCGCGCUUCGAACAGCGACGGGCGCAGCGUGGGGGAGAACAGCAUGAACCCCUUAGACUGCGUAGAUGCCUUUGAGUACUACUACGGCUCCGAGGGGACGUAUCAGGACAUGGAAAGCGCCGUUUUUCAUGCUCCCGGCAACGCCUCGUGCACCCCGCAGGACCUCCUGGACCUCUACCAGAUGACGUGGCGCCCGCCCCCCGGCGAGCGUGGGGGCCCUGGCGAGGGCACAUCGGAUCCGGCGCUGUGGUCCGUGGUGGAUCAGCUCCGGUUGUUCUGCGCCCUGCAUCCGGGCGAUCCGGCGGUGUCGUGGCGCUCCGUGAUGUCGUACAAGUACCUAAACGACUACACAACGCCGCCCAUGAACGUGACCGCCGCCGCCUCAUCCUCCCAGCCUCCGCGGCGGUGUCUGCACUACAUGGGGCCGUCCCAGUACAUGACGUGUGGGGAGUUAUGGGCCAACAUUGAGGCCUUUGGAGAGGGCCUGCGUUCGCUGGGGCUGAAGCCUGGGGACCCUCUGGGCUUGAUGGAGGUCACGCGCUGGGAGUGGCUCGUGACCUGUUACGCGUGCUGGUCGCAGGGGCUCGUCCCGGUCGUUUUCCAUGGCACCGACGCCUGUCUGAGGCAGGCCGCACGAGAGGUGCUGCUGCGCACCAAAGUGGUCGUCUGCCAACCCCACGUCAUCGGUCGACUGCGGCAAUACAUUCGCGAGGCGGUUGCACUCCAUGAAAGCCACGCCGGUGAGAGCGAGGUGGGUCGUCCAAAGGGAAGUCUAGCCACAGGAGGGGCGGACCUGGCGGGGCCACUCCGGUCGAAGAGCACGAAGCCCCCUCGUCCUCUGUUCGUCGUGAUGCGGCAGACGAAUAUCAGGGAUGCUCAUCUAGUCCACCACAUCACCAGCACUCUGGGGAGUGGCACGAAUGUCGUGGCGGGUAAAUCUAACUUCAUCGAUGAUAUUCGAAGCGAAGGGCUUUCAAACCGACACCACAAUCCGGACGAGUCGGAUGAAGUAGAAGAACCACUGUGGUGGACUGAGGUGCUGGAUUAUGGCAAGAAGGUUCUCCUCCAGCGAGGUGCAAGGCAAUAUCAUGAACGUCAGCAGCGACGAAGCCGCUUUUCGAUGGAUCGGCAAAACAUGUGUAAACAUGAUGAAGAUGACGCCAUCGUGAAAUCGGUCAGCCCCGCAAGCAGGCAGACCAGCACCUCGCGUAUCGCUUCUAGUUUACGGCGGAGCGUCAUGGAAGAUCGCUCCAGCGUCGGCCCGUGGUCAAGUCACUCAAAUACCAUGGAGCCUUUGCCUACGCUCAACGAUCCGACCUCCUUGUCAUCCGCAAGGCGACAUCUAGCCUUUUCAAACGGUUGUAGCACGAGUGGACUGGUGCCGCUUCGCUCCUCGGACCUGGGAUUAGUCGUGUACACCGAGGGAGACCCCAAAGGAGUUCUUCUCACCCACGGUGCCCUGGCUGCGUCAGUUGCGGGGUAUCGUGAGAGGUUUGUUAGAAUGCAGCUACUCAGCCCAGUUUUGGAUGAAGAUAUUCGGAAUAAGAAUGCAAGUAGGUAUGAGGAAGGGGAUCCCCUUAAGCCUGGUAGAGAAGGUUCACCCAUAAGCGAAGCAGUGGAAAGCCACCUAAGUGCUAAGAAAUACUACCACAGCAAAGAUGAAACAAGCGAGAGCGACAGGGCGUAUAGCGACGAACAAAAAUGCGGGUCGCAAGGCUAUUCAAAAAGGAUACUUAAUCACCUUUCUGCAAUGAUGAAAACUAACCUUCGCGACAGUCUGUGGGAGUGGCUGCAUCACGCAGAAGAGCCACCGCCAAAGAGCAGCGCUGAUUCUCCAACCUACCUUGCUUAUCUCCCGCUCCAUAACGUACGAGAAUUGGUGUUGGAGAUGGUUUUUCUCACAGAGGGAUUUCUUUUGUGCUAUGGGUCGCCCUCGACCCUCACAAAAGCGGACGCCCACCCCAGAGGGGAUCUGGAUGAAUUCAAGCCACUUGUCUUCAGUUCUGUGCCGUACACGUUAGAUCAGCUCUGCAGCACCGUCACGCACACCCUCGCGGAGGGCUUUCUUCGGGUUCUAUUCGAGCUUGGUUAUGAGCAACGCCGGCAAGCCCUACGGCGUGGCCUUGACACCCCCUUUCUUAACCAGUUUAUAUUUGGCCAGCCACGCCAACUGCUCGGGGGAAGGUGCCAACUGGUGCUCUCCUGUGGCGGCCCCCUUCAUCCGCGCACGCAGGAGUACCUCAAAGUUGUCUGCGGGGUCGCCGUCUCACAGGUCUACGCGCCCACAGAGGCUGCGGGGUGCGGCACGAUGCAGAAUCUGUGGGUUGAUCACAUGCGCAAUAUCGGGGGCCCACUCGGCCCGGUCGAGAUGAAACUUCGGGAUGUUAAGCAAUGGAAUCAUUUCGCGGUACGGCCCUGCGGCGAGCUAUUGCUCCGUGGCCCCACGAUCAUGACGGGGUACCACUGCAAUCUGGAGAAGACCGCCGCCGUGUUGGAGAGUAGCGGCUGGCUGCACACAGGCGAUAUCGUGGAGCGGCUACCGGAUGGGACCUUUUCUCACGUGGCACGACUGGGGGCCCAGGAUGUGAACGCUAUGGGCUGCAUCAUAGACGUGGAAUCGCUGGAGGCGGUGUAUAGUCAGCACCCUCUGUGUGUAGCCCAACGGGACGCGGGUGGGGGUAGUAGUGUGUGCGUCCUCGUUCAUCCCUUUCGAUCCUAUAUCUGUGCUCUGGUCCUGACAGACAAACCCCGCACCACGGCAUUCAUUCAGGACGCAGCGACUCAGUCCUAUCUCGCGAGAGCCAGCCGUGCGACGUUGGAGAAGGGGGCAUCUCGCCCAGAUCGAUUAAAAGGCGAUUGUAGAACACGUGACCAGGGGCUUCCCUUAUCCUGGCCGCACUGUCUGCGAGAACCACUCUUUAACGAGGCCGCCGCAGAGUCGCUUCGGGAACUAGCGGUGCGGCAUCACUGCAUGCCCCACGAGCUUGUUCGCCAUGUGCGGAUCCUCUACGAUGAGUGGACGACCCAAAAUGGAGCAAGAACGGUCACCGGCAGGCUCACACGCUCUACGAUCGAACAGCGGUACCAGGUUAUCAUUGAGGAGCUUUUUCUCAGGGACACAUAA